CAGCAGUGCAGCAGUGACAGGAGAGUUGGUUUAUAUAGCAGUGACUCAGAGCGCAGCGCGCACUCGCUGCAUGAAUGAGCGCGCUGAAGACACUGAGCACAGCUGCAAGAGGACGCCCGAGCCGAUCAGAUGAGAUGUCGUUUUAGAUCGCUAUCUUACGUUAAAAGUUUUACACUACUUUGAAGAAGGCGACUAUCAGAAGUUUUGUGGUGAACGUCACUCGGCGCGUAUCUGGACACUAUGCAUUUUCAAGCAGAGCUGAGAGUCGCGAGCAGCGCGCAGCUGAAAGCCGCCAGAAGACGAUACAAGACUUUCAUGAUCGACGAGAUCCUCUCCAAGGAAACUUGUGAUUACUUCGAGAAACUUUCUCUUUACUCGGUUUGCCCCUCUCUAAUCGUCAGACCCAAACCUCUGCAUUCAUGCUCGGCAGGCUCUGCUCCUCUGAGAUCGUACCCUCUCCUGUCUGUGAUCACACACCAGCCGCCCAGCAGCCUCCCGCAGAUCUCUCAGCCGUCUCCUCACCUGACCCUUCUGUCACCCCCGCACCCUCUGAGCUCAGAGCCCACGGCCAGCGAGACGCCCGUCAGCAUCAGCAGCGAAUCAGAGACGGAGCACAGCACCCCACGGCUGAAGAAACCCCGCCGCAGCCGCACCAUCUUCACCGAGCUGCAGCUGCUGGGCCUGGAGAAGAAGUUCCAGAAACAGAAAUAUCUCUCCACUCCAGACAGAUUGGACCUGGCUCAGUCUUUGGGACUCACACAGCUCCAGGUGAAGACAUGGUACCAGAACAGACGCAUGAAAUGGAAGAAAAUGGUGCUAAAAGGAGGACACGAGGCUCCUACCAAGCCCAAAGGCCGACCUAAGAAGAACUCCAUCCCAACCACAGAGGAGAUCGAGGCCCAGGAACAGCUGGCGGCCAAACUAGUGGAGGAGGAGAGGCUACGAGCCGGAGCGGAAGAGGAGGUCUUCCAAUCUCAACCUCAAGAUCUCAGUACAUCCACUACAUCCGAGUCCAUCUGUCCAGAAACCCCGGUGCAAGAACAGGCCCCUCCGUCUCCGUCAGAAGCAAUGACGACCAGCUAAACGCAGCCGUGCAGACGCACAACCAAAGACAGCUACUGAAAGACUUUGACGCUCUCUGGACUUGAGAAGCUGAAUGGCUUCCCAAGCCUGAUUUUGAGUUGAUGGUGGCCCCCAAAAGUGGUACUUUAGACAUGCAAAAAUGUGUGAAUGUCAUUGCAACAACAAAACAUCAAACCAAGUGGCUUGUAUAACCAAAUCACAUAGAAUAAGCACACUUCUCGAAACAUUUUUUUGGUAUAACUGGACACUGUAUUGGGACGCAUUCUGGUUGUCAGACUGUGGAUCAUGUUCAAACCUAGCUAACAAAAAUAUGUUCUAAGAAUGUUUUAAUAGCAUUCCCAUUAAGUUAUGCAAACAUUAUUUCUGAAUGUUCUCUGAACGUUGUUUUUUUUUUAUUUUUUAUGUCUGUCCUUGGUUGAUUGAAUGUUAAGAGAACAAUCCAUUUUAUAAUUUAGCAAACAUUUUGGGAAUGUUACUUUUGAAUGUUCUCUGAACAUUCUGAAAAAAGCAGUAACAUUAACAAAAUAAAUAAAUGUUAGACAAACAUCCAACUAAAACCUUUCAGGAAACAGUUCAAUGAACAACGGAUAGAUGUUUUGUGCUAAAAUUUCAAAAGCAUUAUUAAAGGGAUAGUUCACCCCAAAAUUGAAACUUCUUUCUUCAUUGACUUAUUAUCAUGUCGUUCCAAACCUGUAUGUGUUUCUUUCUUCUGCUGAACACAAAAUAACCUAUUUUAAAGAAUUGUAUAACCAUUGACUUACAUAGUAUCAUUUCUCUUUCAUACUGUGGAAGUCAAUGGGGUUUUUGGCCUUUCAUUUACACGAGAACAGCUUUUGGGGGCCUGAAAUUAUUCCUUAUUCCUUAUUUAUUUUCCGGUACAAAAACGUGGAUUUUUGAAAAUGGCGAUGUCACGUGUAUUACGUGUUUAGUCUAUAGGUAUAUGUACACAGACGCACGGUUUACAAAGUGACAUCGCCAACUACUGGUAUGGUAUGUAUAUAAACAGCAUUUUUAGUCGUUUCACAGAUUCACAUGAACAAAGAUCGUUUCGAUAAUGUUGUCAUCUGUAUGCAAAACUUCAAACUUCAAAAAAACAAAGCAAAAACGUUUCCGUUUUAGUACAUCAUUGUCAUAUAAACACACCCUCAUACAGGUUUGGAAGACUUUGAGGUUGAGUAAAUGAUGACAUGAUGAUUUUGGGUGAAUUAUCCCUUCAAAGACUAGAUCAUUUUAAUCAAAUGUUCUAUUAACGUUACAGGAAGAACAUUGAGAAUGUUCUCUGUUAGCUGGAGAGUUCACCUGUGGAACUUCAUAGAGUCCUGAAAAAUGAAAUUGAGCCCAUUUGCAGAUUUUAUCUAAUGCAGGCAUUUUAUAUUAUGCCUAAGUGUCCAGUUACUUUCCACUAUAUAUGGUGAUGCGGUGAUCUACAUUGCUUUAAAUGUUUCUGUCAUACAGCUGCCUCUCUGAAAUGUAUUUUAUAAAAAAUUUCAAGCCAUUUAUAUGCUGCCAGAUACGCCAAUGUAUAAAACUGAAUCACACAGACUGACUUUCUCGCACCAGUACAGCACGUUCUAUAUGGACAAACAGUACGUUUUUAUUUUUUUUCUAGGUACGUUCCUCUCUUUGCCUGUAAAUAUUACCUGUUUAAUUGCGCCUGUAGUUUACGGUGCACCUGUGUACUGUAGCUUGGGAUUCUGCGCCAAAACACAUAUAUCUGAGAAGCUAAAGUGCCCUUUGAGGUGUUUUUUCCCUUUUUUUACACAUCCAUGAAGCUGCUGCCAUUAAAAGUUAAUAGGACGGGUUAGUAAGAAUACCAGUGUAAACAUGUACGGAGUUCUGGAUUUCGCAUGAGAAAAUGUUGCUCUUUUUAAAGCAGGAUUGUCCAGUUUGGGUAAAGAUUAGCUUUAUCCAUUCAACAUCUCAAUGGAUAAAGAAUCUGUCAGCUUAGUAUAGGAAAAGAACAUAAAUUUCGAGAAAACAUUAAAGGUAGUAUUGAUUUAAGUAAACCUUCCAAAGUGCCCUCUCUCUGCCAAACGACAAUGUGUUUUCUCUGUUCCUGUUUGCAGAGAAAAAUUGUUUCUUUUGUUCGUUUUAUGCGUGGCAUGCUUCGACUUCGUUGUAUUUCAACCGAAUCCUUUCUUCAAAUCACCUUUGUGUGUGUGUAUAACCUUUGCACGGCCGUUUAGCGCUAUUCUGUGAGGCUGAAACACAUGAUAUAUGGACUCCCAGAUGGAUCAUGCUAGCUAUUGUAUGUUUCAUCCCAUUUCAUUCCCUUUGAAUGAAAAAAAAACGUUGAACCCCUUUCCCCCACUGUGGAGUGGCACAGUAUGACACCACUAAGUGCAUGCUGGUUUUAUUACUGUAAGAAAAACCACUUAAUCUGUCAGGGACGCAAAGCAAUUAAUAAAUCAAACUCGCACUAGUAAAACCUGCAAAAAAAACACGAAAAUCUGCGGGACAUGUCGAAGCCCGUGGGAGCUCUGCACAUGCCUACAGCUGACUGACGGCCCACAAAUACAUCAUCACAGCCUCCUCUAUCCUGCAUGUCAUAAGCUCCGUUUCCAACCGCUGUUGCCUUUUACAAAGAUUUUAUUUGUAUAGUUGUUUUUUUUGUUGUUGUUGUUGUUUUUUUUUCCUGUGUUUGGCUAACAACAAAUAUUGAAAAUAUAUUCCUUCUUUGAUAUAAAAACACUAUUUUUCUGGUGUACAUACUGAAUUUUAUUGGGUGAGUAGUUAUUUUGUAAUCUUUUGUUUUUGGAGGAGAAGACUAUAUAGAUAGAUAUUUGACGAGAGUCCCUUUUUCACCCAAACAUUCUGUAAUUUUUAUUGUAUGUGCGUGUGUUUGCAUAUUUAAUAACAUUUAAUAAAACUGCCAUUAAUUUUG